AUGGCUUCCACUUCCUGUCUUCAUGUUGUUCUCGUUCUGGUUCUCUGUUUCUUCCUGUCUACAGCCAUGGCCGCCGCACCAAGGAAAGCCAUUAACGUUCCCUUCCAGAAGAACUAUGUGCCAACCUGGGCCGGCGAUCACAUCAAGUACUUUAAUGGCGGAAAUGAGAUCCAGCUAUACUUGGACAAGUACUCCGGAACCGGCUUCCAGUCUCGAGGCUCCUACCUCUUUGGCCACUUCAAUAUGCAGAUAAAAAUGGUUCCCGGUGACUCCGCUGGAACUGUCACUGCUUUCUAUCUUUCCUCUCAGAAUACAGAGCAUGAUGAGAUAGACUUUGAGUUUCUGGGGAACAGAACAGGGCAGCCUUAUAUACUGCAGACCAAUGUGUUCACUGGAGGAAAGGGAGAUAGGGAGCAAAGGAUCUAUCUAUGGUUUGAUCCCACCAAGGAUUACCACUACUACUCUGUUCUCUGGAACCUGUACCAGACUGUGUUCUUCGUGGAUGAUGUGCCCAUCCGGGUAUUCAAGAACAGCAAGGACAUCGGCGUUCGGUACCCAUUCAAUCAGCCGAUGAAGCUCUACUCCAGCCUCUGGAAUGCCGAUGACUGGGCGACCCGCGGCGGCCUCGAGAAGACGAACUGGGCCAAUGCUCCCUUCAUCGCCGCCUACCGCGGCUUCCACAUCGACGGCUGCGAGGCCUCCACGAACGAAACAUUCUGCGCCACUCAGGGCCGGCGGUGGUGGGAUCAGAACGAGUUUCGCAACCUCGAUGCCAAGCAGUACGACCGGCUCCGUUGGGUCAGGGAGAGAUAUACGAUCUACAAUUAUUGCACCGAUCGGAGCAGAUACCCGACGAUGCCUGCUGAGUGCCAAAGAGAUCGUGAUGUCUGAGCUUUUGAUUUGUAUGAGAAACGUGGUUGAGGUUUUUUGUUUAAAUUAGACUAUCUUUCCGACUAUUUCUAUUAGAAGCUCACCAGACUAUGUUUGAAGUUUGUGAUGUUGCGUUUUUUGUGGAUGGGUUGUAGGUUUUUUCAUGGU